AAAACUCACCACUCUUUUGAUAAACCCAUAUCGCCGUAAAAUGCUUCCACAGCGAAUGAAGAAAGCAGUCACCGAUAACCCUAAAAAACUUGCGAACUUAAUCGACCUCGUUAACCUUCCUUCCACUCUCAGAGACUUCGUUGGUCAAUCUCAGACUUCUCGUUUAUCUUGUUUCAUGCGUGUUUGGUCCUACAUCAAAACCAAUAAUCUCCAGGAUCCAAAUAACAAGAAUGUGGUAAACUGUGAUGAGAAGUUGAAAGGCAUUUUACUUGGGAAACCUCAGGUUGAUUUAGCAGAACUUCCAGCACUUAUCAAGCUGCAUUUUCCGAAAGAGCCCAAGUGAUGUGUGUGAUACAAAUCAAAAUGUUUGUCUGAUUGGAAAUGAAAGCUCACAUACUCUUCCUCAAGAUGAGUCUCUCUACUGUUUCCUGCUCUGCUUUUCCCCCAUAGAUUCUGCAACAACAUUAGUAUAGGAAUCUAGCACUUGAAACACCAAAUUGGCAGUUUUCUUUGUGCUGUAUGAAUGGAUUAUUUUAUUACAUGUAAUCCAACUUAAAACUGUCCUGUUUUGCUGCAUGCUUUUGCGACUUUAUAAAUUUUGUAUUUAAGAGCUUUUCUUGCUGGAGUUAUGAUUUUUUAUGCAUAAAUUGUGCUUUUUAUCA